CAAUAUCCUAGCUAUUUUGUGUUCCACUUUCCUAUAGCAUUCAGGCUUUGUCAUCAACCAUUAAAAAGAAUCUUCAAGAAAAUCUUUUAAAUCGGGAUGUUGUGGUUUGCCUUAACUGCUGUGGUUCUGCUACAGUCGGGCGUACUAGGAGAUAAAGAUUGUAACCAGUCUCUCCUGACUAACAACGCCGUGACGUCAUCAUCUCAACUAUCGGCCAACUUUUCUGCAAGUCAUGCGCAAAUGAGCUCAAAAUCUGCCUGGUGUCCAACUCAGAAUUUUUCAAGCAGCGAGUAUUUGCAGAUUGUCUUUUCGUCGUUUAAACGCAUUACCAGGAUCAAAAUAGAUGGGGAGACAAACCCUGGUGUCAAUCAGACGGCUCGACGUGUGACCAAGUACCUCCUUCAAGUUAGCAGGGAUGGUGUUCAGUUCCAAAACUUUAAACAGAUAUCACAGUCAGACGUUGUUGUUCAAUUGAAUGCCUUUGCGGUUCGUCUAGUGCCUCGUUCUUUCAAUGCAUUUCCUUGUAUGAGGGUCGAGAUUUACGGAUGUAAAGCUCCAGAACCAGAGACAUGCAAAGAGAAAAACGGCACCUGUUCACAGAUCUGCAAAGAUAAUGAAAGGUAUUGCUUCAUGGGUGUGUGUUUCUUCAGAUGUGUGACGGACUGGAUGUGUACUAAGUACAUCACCUGUAAAUGCCAUCCUGGGUACAAGUUGUUGAAUGACAAACGAACAUGCAAAGAUAUCAAUGAAUGUAAACGAUACAAUGGCGGGUGCGAUGACUUUUGUGAGAACACCGUCGGUAGCUACAUAUGCUCUUGUAAAAGUGGAUACAAGCUUGAAAGAGACAGACACGGGUGUAGCGACAUCAAUGAAUGUGAUAUCAAUGAUGGAGGUUGUAACCAAAUUUGCGAAAAUAAUCAAGGAAGUUAUAAGUGCAAGUGUUGGACUGGUUACAAAAUGUCUGCUGACAACCAUACAUGCAUUGAUAUCGAUGAGUGUAAAGUUGACAACGGAGGCUGCAGUCACACGUGCAUUAACCUGGCAGGAGGACGCAGAUGCGCAUGCCCAGUAGGAUUUCAAGUCGAUGCCUUGGGAAAGAAUUGCGUCGAUACCAAUGAAUGCUAUUUGGCAAACGGUGGCUGCGAAACAUUCUGUCAUAACAACAAUGGUAGCUACACGUGCAGUUGCCGCAGUGGCUUUGAGUUGUACGACAAGCUGAAAUGUCGAGAUAUUGAUGAGUGUGCACGUAAAACAGACGACUGUGAUGAUCAAUCUACAACCUGCUUUAACUAUCAGGGAAGCUAUGAAUGUCGUUGCAAGAAAGGAUUCAAAUACAUACCCAAUAACAAAAGACAGUGUGAACGCAUGACAUGCCCCCCAUUAGUCGAGUCGCAAGGUACCUCGGUAAGUCCCAGUGAAUGCUUGGUAAAAAAUGGACGAAAAGUUGGAGACAAAUGUACAUUUAGCUGUAAGGCAGGUUACGUCCUGCUAGAUCCAAGCAAGAAUACCAUGACGUGUUUGGAUACUACCAGCUGGGAUAUGCCCAUCAUAAGCUGUAGACCAAUACGAUGUCCAAGUCUUACCCCGCCAGCCAAUGGAUACGUCUAUCCACCUUUCUGUAGCACAACUGGUAACACGUUUGGACAAUCUUGCUAUUAUCGGUGCAACAAAGGCUAUUCCCUGAAAAAUGGUCAGAAUCCUAAGAGGGAUUGUACAAACAGUGGUGCUUGGGACAUCAGCACCCCAGCGACUUGUGCCAAAGUAUUUAUUAAACCUUGGAUCAACUGUCCACCUGACGUAGUCAUGUCCCUGGACCCGAAAGGUAACCAAGCUGACGUCACAGCCUUGCUUUUAAAGCCAAAGAGCAAUGUUGGAGAUGUUAAAAUGUUCCCAGAAAAAUACCGAACGAGCCUUGUGUUCCCAGCUGGUACAACUACGCUGACCUACAAAGCUACCAACAAAAAUGGUGAUGUUGCACAGUGCACUACAGAUGUCAUCAUUGAAGACAAGACACCUCCGCGUGUUGUGUACUGCCCUAACAACAUCUACGAGAGCUCCCCCGGAAUAGAUAAAGUGAUCAUAUGGCGCGAUCCUGAAUUUGCAGACAACGUCAAAGUCACAAGUGUCACCUCCGACAAGAAGCCCAAUCAAAAGUUUGGCCUUGGGGAAACGUUGGUAUUGUAUGUUGCAAAAGACGCUGCAGGAAACACGGCUCAAUGUAGCUUUUCAGUCACUGUUAAGAGAUUGCAAUGUCCCGUUGCUGAAGACCCUGACAAUGGAAAACUAACGAACUGCAUGAAUUAUGGCUCGACAAAAUACUGUCGCAUUACGUGUAACACAGGAAAACAAACCUUUAUGUUCACAUAUGGAGCCACUUGUCAGCUACCUGAGGCUACAUGGAAUGAAAUUCCAGCAUGUGUCGAUGCAACAAGAAUUAACGCUGGUGAUUCAUGUCCUUCUGGCCAGAUACAGCAGAAGAGUUUAACUGGUUAUCCGAACUUCAUUAAAUAUUGUGUAAGUUGUCCACGCGGAUACAAGUAUGAUUCUAGCGCUAAAGACUGUAUCAAGUGCCCUGUAGGAUACACAAGUCUUGCAGAAUCUAGUGCUCAGUGUACAAAAUGCCCAGCAGGAAAGUCCACGGUGAAAGCGGGAUCCAAAAAUUGCAUCGAUCAAUGUAAACCUGGCACAUCGUCUGAGGAUGGUUUUGACUUGCCUCUGAACCCCAAUGGAUGCUCGCAAUGCUCGAUGGGAUACUACUCGGAUAUCUAUGGAGCCAGCCAAUGCAAGCAGUGUCCAGAUAAACUAAUGACCAAAUUCAAGGGAUCCAAUUCAAAGGAUGACUGUGGAAUUGCGCCCACCGUAACCGAGUUUGGCCCAAUGAAUAUCAAUGUCGAUGAGAACGAUCGAGUAGAGUUCGUCUGCAAAGCAGUUGGUCCACCAACACCAUCAAUAAAAAUAGUCAAAGCCAGACCUACACCCGAUGGCUUUGGCGGCCCGGUUAAGAUUGAGUCUAUAGUAGAAGGUGGCAAACAGAUUGGUAUUCGUUACAUUAUUCAAAAAGCAUCAGAACACGACCAAGGCCUGUACUCCUGUGUGGCUACCAAUGUUUUUGGAAAGAACACCAAGUUCCUGAACUUACAGGUCAACAUCAACCUGGGAUCAGGCCAAAGUGGAGUUUAAGCCAAGAAAAUUUGAGAGUGAUUAUAAAAUUAGAUUACUGUUACUAAGCAUCUGUAAUGCAAUUGCUUGUGCUAUAAAUCAAUAAAAAAAAGGAUAUGAUGUUCAGGA